GACAAAAGAAGCGUAGUCGGCUCACACCUCACACUCUCCCUCCUCCCUCGCUCGGGGAUUGGGAGCGACCAGGAGAAGGACGCAGGCGCAGGGAAGAAAAAAGUCGGGAAAGCGGUGGGGGGAAGAGGAGGGAAAAGGGAAUGCGCAGACGCAGACGAUAGAACUGUCUUUCCUCAACCAGGGCCGGAGGCCGGAGGGGGUUGUUAAAGGUUUCACGCUUGCGCCGGCGUUGUUUGGUUCUAAGCGCCUGCGCGAUGCGGAGGAGGGAAGACGGAGGCCUGACGGGGUCGGAUGGCGCCUGCGUACUGAGACGAGACAUUCGGCUGGCUGGCUCCGGCGGCUCCUGGGCCUUGGCGGUAGCAGCAGCGGUGGCGGCUCCGGCAGCCGCGGCGGGCGGCGGUGGCGGCGGCGGCGGCGGCGGCGGUUGUUCAUCGUACCCGCCCUCGUCCGCCGGGGGAAGUGGCGGCGUCUCGGUCGGCGGCGUCGGCGGGACAGUCGCGGGCGAGCGGGGGAAGAUGGCGGAGCUGGGGAAGAAGUACUGUGUGUACUGUCUGGCCGAGGUGAGCCCGCUGCGCUUCCGCUGCACAGAGUGCCAGGACAUCGAGCUGUGCCCCGAGUGCUUCUCGGCCGGCGCCGAGAUCGGCCACCACCGGCGCUGGCACGGCUAUCAGCUGGUGGACGGCGGCCGCUUCACGCUGUGGGGGCCCGAGGCCGAGGGCGGCUGGACCAGCCGGGAGGAGCAGCUCCUGCUCGAUGCCAUCGAGCAGUUCGGCUUCGGCAACUGGGAAGACAUGGCUGCUCAUGUUGGGGCUUCUCGGACGCCUCAAGAAGUGAUGGAACACUAUGUAAGCAUGUACAUCCAUGGAAACCUGGGAAAAGCCUGUAUCCCUGACACCAUCCCUAAUAGGGUGACAGAUCACACGUGCCCCAGUGGAGGACCCUUGUCUCCCAGUUUGACGACACCUCUGCCUCCUUUAGAUAUAACUGUUGCUGAACAGCAGCAAUUAGGGUACAUGCCGCUUCGGGAUGACUAUGAGAUUGAAUAUGACCAAGAUGCUGAGACUUUGAUUAGUGGACUUUCAGUAAACUAUGAUGAUGAUGAUGUGGAAAUAGAGCUCAAAAGAGCCCAUGUGGACAUGUAUGUUAGAAAACUCAAGGAGCGACAAAGACGAAAGAAUAUUGCCCGAGACUAUAACUUAGUGCCUGCCUUUCUAGGCAAAGAUAAAAAAGAUAAGGAAAAGUCAAUGAAACGUAAAAUUACAAAAGAUGAAAAGGAGAUACGGGUAAAACUGAGGCCUUUGUACCAGUUUAUGUCUUGUAAAGAAUUUGACGAUUUCUUUGAAAACAUUCACAAAGAAAAAAUGCUCCGAACAAAAAUCCGAGAACUACAGCGAUAUCGUCGAAAUGGAAUCACUAAAAUGGAGGAGUCAGCAGAAUAUGAAGCUGCCAGGCACAAACGGGAGAAGAGGAAAGAAAACAAGAACAUAGCCAACUCUAAAAGAGGAAAGGAAGAUGGGAAAGAUGGGGAGUUUGCUGCAAUUGAAAACCUCCCUGGCUUUGAGCUCUUGUCUGACAGGGAAAAGGUGCUUUGUAGUUCUUUAAAUCUGAGCCCAGCUCGUUAUCUGACUGUGAAAACAAUUAUCAUAAAAGACCACCUCCAGAAACGACAGGGCAUACCAUCCAAAAGUCGCCUCCCUAGUUAUCUGGACAAAGUUCUGAAGAAAAGGAUUUUAAAUUUCCUCACAGAAAGUGGUUGGAUAUCUAGGGAUGCUUCCUGAAACGGGAACGCUGGGAAAGCUAAAAUGAUAUCCAAAAGCUCGUGAGCCAGAACGACUAGGGUCUGAAGGGAAGAGGGAGAAGAAGUUGUUAGGGCAACAUUGGGGAAAAAAAAAACCUAUUUAAUAUGACUUGAGGAUUUCCUUUUUAAAGUGCAAACUCUCUUCAUGGUUCUCUGAAAGAAGCAAUAGUAGCAAUCUUCUAGUGGAUCAUGAGGGAAAAUAGAUUUUCACUUCCUAGGUAGUCUUAAAGGUAAAUACUUGGAAAUGAUUGUAUUGCCCUUAAGCAUUUAGUCAGGAUUCUGAUAUUUGGCAUAUUAUGAGAUUGGAUGAUUUCCUGGGUUCUCCUGAGAUCUUUGCCCACGGGGAAGAAAGAGAAACUAUAUGGAUAAAAAGAAUUAUCAUUAUUUUUUUCUGUUGGUCCUGAUACUUUAGUUCUGAUGAACAGGGACUGAUUUCAGGAUGUGCUCUCGGCUUGCUCCUUCCAUUUUAGUUUUUGAUGUGCAGACAGUGCUGCUAGCUAUCUGAAGUCCUUGCUCCAUGUCAGCACUGGCACAAAGCACUUUAGAAAGGAGCAGUUUGGUCCACAUUCACUGCCAGCAUCCUGAAGCGAUGGGGAAUUAAAUAGGAAAUAGACUGUCUAAGAUGUGAGUGGCCCAGGGAUAGUGAGGUCACAGAGCAGCCAGGAUGGCAAAGCACACUGGUGCCUUGGAGACCAAGAAGAAGUAUAUAGAAGGAAUGUAGUCAUUGACUGAUGGCAGCCAACAGUGAGGUGUUUGUAGUUUAUCCUGUGUCUCUAAGAUGAUUUUUAAGAGGUAUCUUUUCCUCCUUCAAAUUAAGGUAUACAGAUCACAACUGCUUCAGAGAAGCUGGAAUUACUCCAGUCAAAAUGAUGCCUUCAGCCUACCCCAUUGCUCUGGCCCGCAUUGGUUCAUUUGGGGACACCCCUGAAUGGUUAACCUGAAACAUAACGUUGCAAAAGGAGUUCAGAUUAGACCUUUUAGCUUCCUUUUUUUCUGCUAAGCCUCUAAAUUACCCUCCACAAGACUAUCUGAUUACUAUUUUGCUCUCAAUACUUACUGUCUCCUUGCAUCUAACUUAGGAGCACAUAUAUGAGUUAAGGAUGAGACUACCCCUAUCACAUUCCAGUUCUUUUGCUGCUUUUAUUCCUCAUGUACACUAUAGUUCAUUGGAAAUAUGAUUGGACCAGCCUGGCUCAAAGUAUUACACUGUAAUGUCACUUUGUCAAGAUUCUAAGGGCUACAAACUCCCCGACUUACUAAAAAGUCAGAAAAUUCUGAUCCAACAUGUUUACUAAGCAGAUUCACAAUGUAAGAUUUAGCAGAGAGGAAGUUAAAAUGGGAUUGCUUUUCCAAAACUGUUGAAACAGCGUAGUGUACUAGACUUAUUAGAAGCUUCAUGGUAGUGCCCACACCGUUUAGUCUCUCAUUCCACAUUCUUCAGUUAAAGUAAAAAAUAAAUGCCUUCUGUCUCCAACUGCCCAUUUGAUAAGUUUGGGUUUCUUGUGGACUUCUUUACUUUGAAAACUUGACUGUGGGCUAUCAAGUCUUUAGUUUUCUUGAAUAUCCAAGACCCAUGUUUUAAAUCAUGGGACUAAAUUUUAACUACUUCAUACUUGAAUGAAUCUUCUUCCCUCUUUAUCGCCAGCUUCCUUCCUGUUUGCCCCCCCGGCCAAUCCCACCCUGUCCAUAUGUACUGACUUUUGUAGAAGGAAUAGAAGUGAGAUUGUUUAUGUACUGGUAUAUUAUUGGCUUGGGGUUUCAAGUGUAGCUUUGUUUGAAAGAAAAAAAAAAUCCUUAGCAUUUUCUAAGGUAAGGUGAAUUAUCUAAUUAAGGUGCUUUAUCUUCUUUUUGUGUAUAUUGCUUCCUUCUUCCCCUACUCCCCUCCUGAAAAGAGUAAAUUUUCAACAUUAAAUAAAACAUUUUCAAAAUGUUAUUUAUGAUCUUAGUUGUGAGGUACAUUGUAUAUUGUUGGCAGAUAAGCUUUGAAUAUUAUUUAAGCUGAUGAUUUCUCCUUUGGCAAUAUAGAUGCUUUCUCUAAGCAAUAGUUACAUAUUGGUGUGUAAAAGGAACAGCUCUGAGGACCACAUCUAUCAUUUGCCCUGUAGGCCAAAUGCUAGGGACUGAAGCUGGUUGCUGUCCAUUAUUGAACAUUGAAAAGAAGGUAGACGGUGCUAAGUUUUUACAAUUGUCUUAGCCAUUCUGGUGCCUUUAAUUCAUCCAUCCUGAGUUCUAACUGCAUCAGACACUGGCUUACUCAUGUGGUUUUAAAAUUAGUCUCAUUUUUAUAUUUAGGAUGACUACCAGACUUCUAGGAAGUUUGAGAAGCAAUAGGUGUUCUGUGGGUAACCCAGGCAGGCAGCUGUCAAAUGAAAAACUCUUAUGCUUCAGGUUUUUUCAUCUGUAUAUAUUUUUGAAAGCAUGAAGAAUUUAUAUAGGUUUGACUAUUGUUUUAAAACAACCAUAAUGAAUGUAUAAUUAACAGUAUGUGAAAGUAUUAACACUUAGCUAAAAGGGAAGCUCUUUGGAUUGGUUGUCUCUCACCCCUUAACCCUCCCCAGCUGGUAGUGUCAUAUCUAUCCUUAACCUUGGCUGUUAUUUCAGAUCCACUUAGACAUUUAUAUCAAAUCAACUCAUUGUAAAAAAAAAAUUAUUUACUAGAAUCCCACUAAAGCUUGUUCUUCAAAACUUAAAGUUAUACACUUUAAGUAUAUACACUUUAGUUACAUGGGUCAAUAGUUUUACAGCUAAAGAAUGGUCUUGAAAUUGCCCCACUUAGUUGCCAGUAUUCAGUGGGUACAAUUAAAAUUUUUUUUCCCCUUUGGAUAGUAUCUUUCUGAGCUUUAAGUUUUUUUUUUAAAUCACUUUUUUUAUUAAAACCAUCUUCCUUGGAAACUGAAGCCAAGAUGACUACAUCACCAUAAAGGUGCUUCUUCCACACUCAGCUAUUAGACAUAGACAUGUGUGAGAACUUGAAUGUAGGUGAGAUUGUAGUCUAGCCCCUCGUAAAAAAUGAAGACAGGUUUUAUUUGUGAAAUAAGAGCAUCUUCAAGUUUGUAUCCUUUCCUCCUUCCCCCAUCCCAGCCUUUUUAAUUCUUCAGUUUUCGUGCAUUUUUCAGAGUUGCAUGUCCUGGGCCAUGCCUGCAGAUGGUAGACUCAAGAGUAAUGCAUGCACUGCUCCAGUCAAGAGGCAACAGCCCCAAAUAGCAAUUUUGACACUUGUUUAAAUUUGAGAGAUUAGUGCCAAACUGAAACUUAGUCCUUCAGUGAAGUGUUUCCGUUACUAGAAAACCCCUAGGUUGGGCUAGGUAUCUCUGUAGGUACAGUCCAGAACUUCAGCCAGUGAAAGAAAUGCUUCUCGCUGAGCCAGUCUGCAGUAUUCCAAGAUGGCCUAUGAACGUUUCACACAACGUAUUUGUGAUAAGGCUGCGAGUCAUGUUUUAAUUGUUACGUUUCUGAAGUGUGCGAUGUUUUGGCAGUAUCCAUACUGUACAUCAUCCAUGAUGCAAUUAUGCAAAAUCCAAAUAAUUGUUGUUGUGAAUAGAAAACAGCUGAAAGGGUCAUUGUUUAAUUUUUCAGUGUAAAUAUGUAUAUAAUUAAAAUGAUUUGUUUUCAU